AUAGGGGAAAAAAAGAUGUGGGAAUGCGAACGUAGUGUCCAAGAUGGCGUCACGCACGACUUUGCUGCGUCUCGCAUGGUUGGUUGCAGGGGCUGGCGUCCUGCUGCUCCUCGCUUACAAGUGUUUGUGAAUCGCGAGCAGAGGCGGGAAAAGGGUGCAGCAGACGGAUGUGGCUCAGUAGCUGAGAUGGCGGCGCCAGCGACGAGUGUGGUAGUGCUCGACCGCGGCAACAACACCACAUGCACCGUCAAUUUACACGGUGCGACCGUGGUUUCAUGGCGCGUAAAUAACCAGGAACAACUUUUUGUGAGCAAACAGGCAAUAUUUGAUGGAAAACGAGCAAUCCGUGGAGGAAUUCCAAUCGUUUUUCCCCAGUUUGGACCUUGGAGCACUGGCCCACAGCAUGGAUUUGCUCGCAUUUGUCGUUGGGAGUUAAAAAAGCCUCCAGAACGUUUACCUACUGGAGAUGUAGAGGCUAUGUUCCAAUUGCUGGAUAAUGAAUUCACUCGCUCCAUGUGGAAUUAUCCCUUCAGCUUAACGUAUCGCCUUAUUCUACGAGAAAAGGAACUUCACUUCAACAUAUCUGUUUACAAUCCAGGAGCAGAGACCCAUUCCUUCACUCUUCUUCUCCAUACAUAUUUCAAGGUUCCUGAUGUACGACGUUGCCAGAUUACUGGCAUGAGGGGGUGCACAUAUAUAGAUAAGACCCGAGAAGGAGCACUUUACCAGGAGCACCGUGAUGUGGUAACCAUUAAUGAAUGGACAGAUCGUAUCUACCAGAAUACCCCCCUUGAACACAUAAUUACCAAUGUUGUAAGUGGCCGCAAGAUGAGAAUGCAGAAAUACAAUCUUGUUGAUACUGUGGUGUGGAAUCCUUGGAUUGAAAAAGCCAAAGAGAUCCCAGACUUUGGGGAAGAGGAAUUUCCCAACCUGGUGUGUGUCGAGGCAGGUCAUGUGUCUGCUCCAGUCAUCCUUCCACCUGGAACUGUGUUUGAGGCCAGUCAAAUCCUGCAAGUCAUGUAGAAUGUUACGGCAUCGUUCACUAAUAAUAGUAUGACUCACAGGCAGAAGGCUAGAGAGUAUGUGACAAUUCUUCCGUGUUUUAAUUCUUAGACUACCAUUCAAGCUUUGUGUUUGAAGGAUAUUGAAGUCUAAUAUCAUGAUAUAUUAUGCUUGUGAGUUUUAUUUAUUAUACUUAUAGCUUAGUAAUAUGUUCGUUUGCGUUCAUCUGUCCAUGAACUGUGAAUGGACAAGAGAGGUCCAAAGUUGAGAUUCUAUGAGAGUCCAUUUAAACUAUGGUAUCCUUUAGGUAAAUUGAUAUUGGCAUAUGUCAGUAUGACUGCAACCUGCAAAUGUAGAGAGAAGCAUUUUGAAUUCCAUCCAUUUAAUUGCAUGGUAAUUUUUUGUCUAGAUAAGGAAAAGAAAAUUAGUGCCUAAUGAUGAAUUGGAUUUUAAUAUACAUUUUCAGGUUGUGAAAGGCGUUAUUAACAAUUCAUGUGGCAUUUGCUUCUGAAUGGCCACAUGUUGAUGUGGAUCUGUUCUUAAGAUUUGUUCUUUGUGUUGUCAUUUGUUAUAUGAUCAUAUUUGUUUUUCUUUUGAUGUUUAUGUAUGUGAGCAGUGUAGUGGCUGUAGUACAUGCAGUCAAAUAAGAAAUUUCUCUAAAUCAUCUGUUCAUUUAAUGUUGUCCCAGAAUGGAAUGAAUAUAUAGAUAUAUAUCAUGGUGCUAUGAGUGUUGUGUGAUGGGGAGACUUUUCAUAGCAGUUCCAGAAUCCCUCUGGCAGUAAUGCAGUCAUUAUAGAAAAAAAAUUGCAAUAUAAAGUAAGCAAACAUGUGUAUAUUGCUGAAGUUAACAAACCAUUGAGUACAGAAAGCUAAUCCCUUUAGAUAAUUAAAUAUUUGAUCUCAAGUGUAGCAUUAAGAAGAUAAGCACAGGAGUAAGGUUGUAUCCAAAAAUGUAACUAAUAACUGGGCAAUUAUUAGCAUUUAUCAUGGUUGUCAUGAGUUUCACAGAUUUUUGUGCCCCAGCCAAAGUUUCAAAAAACAAGGUGAAGACAGGGUGACUAUUUCUUAAUGGUGUUUGUAUUUUGUAGUUGUAGUAUACUUGCUACUAACCUAGUUAUUGAUACUGUAGUCAGGAAAUGCUUUUGCAUUCUGUAAUGGUGCAUAAUUUGAGUGCUAAAGGGUUGCUAACUUUAUGGAAUAGAUGAUUUGUAGUUGACCUUCUUGAGCUUUCUAAUAUUGUUGAUGACCCAGGCUUGGGUAGCAUGUGGCUUUACUACUCCAGUUUUAAGAGAUGUUAGAAAAAAAAUAUUUUUAGUGUUUACGUUAAUUUUUUUUUAUAUACAAAUAAAUAUUAGCCAGCCAUUGGACAGCUAUGAUUUUUUAUAGUUAAUGUUAUAUUGUGUAAGAUAGCGUUCCAGUCUCUUAUGAGAUGCAUCUUCAUUCUAUGAAUUUAAUAAGGAUGCAUGUCAAGUUAACUUUUUUUUUUUUUUUUUUUUUUUAAAUUGCAGUUGUAAUAUUUUUUUACCAUUGCCUGGCAUACAUGUAUAUGAAAGUAUAAGGUAGACUUUCUAAAGCUUGUUUUUGCAUACCACAGGAAAUCAGACAACUAUUAGAGUAUCUGAACUAGGAAUUUUAGCAAAAUUAUUUUGCAAUGUACAAGUUUUAGAGCAUUCAUAUUUCUGUGGCAGUGUAUAGAUAGGGAGAAUUGGAUCUCGUCUUUAAUGCCGGGCAGAGUUUAAAGGGCUACUGGUCAUUAUUACUGUGGCUAGUUAUUUAUCUGAUGCCCUGAAGUGGUAAACUCUGAGGAUUCUGUCCUUGCCAAUGAUAGUCUUCAUAAGUUGUUUUAAAAAACAUCAUGACCCAAUGGUAUUGUAAUUUGUUGUACUGCAUUCCGAAUUUGCAUUUCUUUUAGAUGUCUUAUCUUGGUAUAUGAAUUACUUUAAAGCCCCCUCUCUUUCAUAGUCUAUAGUUUAAUAUUUAAUUCAUAUCUUUAUUUUAUAUGGUCAUAUAUCAUGUAUUGAUGAAUUUCAUGCCAUGACAUUUAAAAAUGUUUCUAUAGUGGAAAUUUAAACUUCAAAAUAUAGUCAUUAAAAGGUAAUUUUUUCAAUUUUCCUUAUAUUGAAUGUUUGAUAAUGCUUAUUACCCAAUGCUUAUCAAUGGGUGGACAUUAAUUAUAAUUACUGUCCACCCAUUGAUAAGCAUUAAAGGUUUAAAAUUAAAAUGUUUUAUGACAGUCCACAAACUAAACCUGAAAUUUUUGGUCUGGAGACUGACUGCAUAGUAAUGCUACUAGUAGUACUACUAUAGUAGUAGUGGUAGUCAAAGACUAAGAAAGAGGAGCCUAUAUAGUAGGGUCCUGCUUUAUGGCGUUCUUCUAAUAUGGCAAUUUCAAAUUACGUAUGACCAGAACUUGCUAUACAGCUCCUGGUGUUUCUAAUAUGGUAUGCCUCGCCCUUUUUGUUUACAUUCUCCGUGAGCGCAUCUCUUAUGUCUGAAACUUUCCAAAAUUUCAAGUGUUUUAAAGUUAUUGCAUUCCCCCUUCCUCCCCAUGUCAGCUGUCUCCCAUUAUACUUAUAUACUUGUGUAGCUGUACCUAAAUAUACUUAUGGUGUGCAGAAAAACAUUAAAAUCACUAAGAGUCUCUACUUUUGGUGCCAUAAUAAUCUCUUGGGCGUAAUAAAUGUCGUAUAUGUAUUACAUAAGUAUAGACAUUUCCAUUAAUCUAUCUCUGGUAUUUUUUCAAAAUUAUAUAAGUAUACUAUGUAACAUGUCAACAUGAUAAAUACACCCUACAGUAGAAUAAAUUAACAUAAAUGAGAUAUGGUAGCCAAGCGACUUGUAGGAGUGACUAUAAGAAUAUCGUUUUCUGUAGUCCGUCAGAGAAAAUGUGUACACUAAUAUUACUGGGGGUAGCAGAAAAUCAUUCCUUUUGUAUGCCUUCACUCAGAGCAUCAUUUCUUCUAAAAAUGAUGUUAUGGGAGCUUCUCUAUGUAUUUUACUGUAUCAACGUGGAGACAAUUUGUACACAAUGUAAAGUGUUUGUAUUAAGGUAUAAUACAGACUUGUAUGAACGAAAACCCAGAUGCGUUCAUUAUGUGUUGGUUGGGUGGGGUGGGGUUGGCUACCAUACUUCUCAAACCUGACUUCCUACAAAUAACUCACCUCUCACCCUAUAUUAAGGCUACAAAUAUUUUAAGGUAAGUAAUGAGUGUACUGUGUGUGUAUUUUAUUUUUUGUUUUUAAUGCCUAGUUCUAUUGCUAACUUGUAUAUGUUAGUGUGAACUUAUCUGGCAUUUAUAUGUAUUUAUAAGUGGAAAAAAUGGCGUUCUGCUUUCCGGCAGUAGCCUGGAACCUAACCUGCCACACGAGUGGGGUCCUACUGUAUGUACUCAUCUUUUUGUUAGUGUGACUUCGUAAAUGGUCUGUCAGACCAAAAUGUCAUCGUAAGCUCCUCUCUCCUGCCUGAGUCAUUUGUGUAUCAAACCUGAUUGUUGUAUGACCCCUGUGGGUUUAGUGUUCCACAUGAAUAUAAUACAAAAUGGUAUUUUUGGGUCCUGCCUGAAGCUGUGAUUACCUUACAAGUUACUGGCCAAACCCAGUAGGGUAUAGGUAAUCAUGUGAAUUAUUAUUAUUUAUUAACACACUGGCCGAUUCCCACCAAGGCAGGGUGGCCCGAAAAAGAAAAGCUUUCACCAUCAUUCACUCCAUCACUGUCUUGCCUUUUUAUUUUUGAUUAAUAUAAUAGUCAGGCACUAAACCUGAAAUGUUCAUAGUGCCUUUAUCAAAGAUAUUGAACCUUCCCUUGGAUCCAGUCUAAUUACCUCCCAUUUCUCCAGGUGCUGUAUGACUGCUGUUGGUUUAGCACCCAUAAAAGAAAAAAAAAUCUGAUUUUGUAAGCACGUUAAAGCACUCGGGUUUUAUUUCCUAUUUUAACUUGUAUUUUUACAUAUUUGCAGUCUCAUAUUUUAUUGUGAUUUCUUCCAUAUUUUGAAUGUUGGUUAAAAGUUGUGUAUCUAAUCUUAUUAGAGGCACUUCUUUUUCUGGGUUAGCUUUUUCCCCUGAUUUCACCCAGGCUGACAGUAUCUCUCAAGGCUGUGUUCUUAGUACUACUAUCCUAUUUUUUUUUCUCCCCCCCCCAACAAGUCGGCUGUCUCCCACCGAGGCAGGGUGACCCAACAAGGAAAGAAAAUCCCCAAAAAGAAAAUACUUUCAUCAUCAUUCAACACUUUCACCACACUCGCACAUUAUCACUUUUUGCAGAGGUGCUCAGAAUACAACAGUUUAGAAGCAUACACACACAAAGAUACACAACAUAUCCCUCCAAACUGCCAAUAUCCCAAACCCCUCCUUUAAAGUGCAGGCAUUGUACUUCCCAUUUCCAGGACUCAAGUUCAACUAUAUGAAAAUAACCGGUUUCCCUGAAUCCCUUAACUAAAUAUUACCCUGCUCACACUCCAACAGAUCGUCAGGUCCCAAGUACCAUUCAUCUCCAUUCACUCCUAUCUAACACGCUCACGCACGCUUGCUGGAAGUCCAAGCCCGUUGCCCACAAAACCUCCUUUACCCCCUCUCUCCAACCCUUUCGAGGACGACCCCUACCCCGCCUUCCUUCCCCUAUAGAUUUAUAUGCUUUCCAUGUCAUUCUACUUUGAUCCAUUCUCUCUAAAUGACCAAACCACCUCAACAACCCCUCUUCUGCCCUCUGACUAAUACUUUUAUUAACUCCACACCUUUUCCUAAUUUCCACACUCCGAAUUUUCUGCAUAAUAUUUACACCACACAUUGCCCUUAAACAGGACAUCUCCACUGCCUCCAACCGUCUCCUCGCUGAUGCAUUUACCACCCAAGCUUCACACCCAUAUAAGAGUGUUGGUACUACUAUACUUUCAUACAUUCCCUUCUUUGCCUCCAUAGAUAACGUUUUUUUGACUCCACAUAUACCUCAACGCACCACUCACCUUUUUUCCCUCAUCAAUUCUAUGAUUAACCUCAUCCUUCAUAAAUCCAUCCGCCGACUCGUCAACUCCCAAGUAUCUGAAAACAUUCACUUCUUCCAUACUCCUCCUCCCCAAUUUGAUAUCCAAUUUUUCUUUAUCUAAAUAAUUUGACACCCUCAUCACCUUACUCUUUUCUAUGUUCACUUUCAACUUUCUACCUUUACACACAUUCCCAAAUUCAUCCACUAACCUUUGCAAUUUUUCUUUAGAAUCUCCCAUAAGCACAGUAUCAUCAGCAAAAAGUAACUGUGUCAAUUCCCAUUUUGAAUUUGAUUCCCCAAAAUUUAAUCCCACCCCUCUCCCGAACACCCUAGCAUUUACUUCCUUUACAACCCCAUCUAUAAAUAUAUUAAACAACCAUGGUGACAUUACACAUCCCUGUCUAAGACCUACUUUUACCGGGAAGUAGUCUCCCUCUCUUCUACACACCCUAACCUGAGCCUCGCUAUCCUCAUAAAAACUCUUUACAGCAUUUAAUAACUUACCACCUAUUCCAUAUACUUGCAACAUCUGUCACAUUGCUCCUCUAUCCACUCUAUCAUAUGCCUUUUCUAAAUCCAUAAAUGCAAUAAAAACUUCCCUACCUUUAUCUAAAUACUGUUCACAUAUAUGCUUCAAUGUAAACACUUGAUCUACACAUCCCCUACCCACUCUGAAACCUCCUUGCUCAUCCGCAAUCCUACAUUCUGUCUUGCCUCUAAUUCUUUCAAUUAUAACCCUACCGUACACUUUUCCUGGUAUACUCAGUAAACUUAUUCCUCUAUAAUUUUUACUCUCUUUUGUCCCCUUUCCCUUUAUAUAAAGGGACUAUACAUGCUCUCCGCCAAUCCCUAGGUACCUUCCCCUCUUUCAUACAUUUAUUAAACAAAAGUAUCAACCACUCCAACACUAUAUCCCCCCCUGCUUUCAACAUUUCUGUCAUGAUCCCAUCAGUUCCAGCUGCUUUACCCCCUUUCAUUUUACGUAAUGCCUCGCGUACCUCCCCCACACUUACAUUCUGCUCUUCUUCACUCCUAAAAGAUGGUAUUUUUUGCCUACUGGUAAUGACCAUACCUCUUGUUCUCCCAAUAUUUGGUAGUCUGUAGAUUUUGCUAUAUCUUGUGCAGGCACUGUCACCUUGUAGCAGCCUCUCUAGAAUGCUACUGAUCUUACUUCACACUGGGCCACCUCUCAUGGGUUUAGAUUGUCUUGCUAAAACAAAGCUUAUUUUUUUUCCAUGAUAUCCUAUUCCUUGGACUGUGUGCCUGUGUGGUUUCUGUAUCCCCAAACAGGAUAUUAAAUUUGUCUCCUGUUUGAUUGCUGGAUGACCUGGAAGCCUUGCUUAACCUCCUUGAAAGCUGCACGUCAGUUACCUGAGCCCCCUUAACCCUUUCAAGCUCCAUGCCAUAGUACUAUAGCUUCGAGCUCAGGGUCUGUGCUGUAGUUCUAAGUGUUGAGCUUGGCUCACUCAGAUAAGCCAUGAACAGCAAGUUAGGACCUACAUAUGAGAGAAUGGGUCUAUACGGUAAUUGUGCACUAUACAAAAAUAAAUCCUGCCCCAUGUAAUGCAUGGAAAAAAAGAAAAAAAAUGACCAUGUUUUUGGUUUAACCCAUUCAGGGUCGCGGCCCCUGCUCUGACUUGCUAUAAGGGUCGCAAAAUUUCAAAAAGAAAAAAUGAAAUGGUAGAGAUUUUUUUUUUCUGGAGACAAUAAAACGGUGCAAGAUUUGAUGAAAAAUUUAUGAAAUUAUGCUCUCAUGAAUUUCGUUCAUGGUAUUUACGCCUCGGCGAUUUCGUCCACUUUGAGUUCAAUUUUAGACCAAUUCUAUUGUUUUGGUUGACCAAAUUCUUAGCAGCAUGUCUUCCAUUCUGUUGAGUACAAGGGCUUAGCGCUUCUUUUUUAUUAUAAUAGAGUACAAGUAACUACCCAUUCAACUAUUUAAACUAUUAUUAUUAUAAUCAUGGAGUUCUAAACUCAACUAUUUAAACUAUCCAAUAAAGUGAUCAGAAAAUGGCAAUUUGGCCAAUUUCACACAAUUCAAGAAAUGCCAAUUUCAAAAUUGGGUCCAGAAUAAACAAUGCAGACAUUCCUGGCACUAGAGUAACAUUUUCUCUCUUCGUUAGUCACAUUUCCAGGCCCCUCUUAUGACUCCAUUGACCUUAAGAAGGCAUAUGACAACUUGGAGGUAUAAUAUUUUAGCCCAAGCCCACUCCUUAGGCCUUAGAGGCAAUCUACCAUCCUUCCUUAAGAACUUUUUAACUAACAGGCAUUUCCAUGUUCGGGUUAAUAAUGUGCUCUCCCCGGACUUUAUCCAAGCUGAAGGUGUCCCCCAGGGAUGUGUUUUGAGCACAACACUUUUUCUCCUUGCUAUAAAUGAUUUGGCCUCUAGUCUUCCAUCAAAUAUUUGGUCAUCACUCUGUUGAUGACUUUGCUAUUGCCUGUGCAGGCAGUGACUGUCACCUCAUUACAGUUUCUCUCCAGCAUGCGGUCGACCGUGUUUCCAAUUGGGCCACCACACAUGGGCUUAAAUUUUCCAGCACCAAAACUCUCCAAAUUACUUUCACUAGACGCUCUGUCAUCUCCAAUCAUCCUUUGUACCUCUAUGGCUCCCGUAUCCCUGAACGUGAUAGUCAGGUUUCUGGGCCUCCUCUUUGACUGUAGGUUAUCCUGGAACCCUCGCAUCGCCUCUCUGAAGGCAACUUGUCACAGCCGGCUGAACCUUCUUAAAACCCUUGCUCCUCUUUCAUGGGGAGCUGAUCAUUGAACUCUCCUUCGCCUACAUUCCACCCUCAUUUUAUCGAAACUUGAUUAUGGUGACCAGAUCUAUUCACCGGCUUCUCCUGCUACUCUCUCUAACCUUAACCCCAUUCAUCACCAAGGAUUACGUUUAUGCCUUGGUGCUUUUCGCUCUUCCCCUGUUGAGAGCCUCUAUGCAGAAGCGAACGUUCCAUCCUUAUCCGAUCGCCGUGAUGCCCAUUGCCUUCACUACUAUGUACGCUCUCAUGAUCUCCGCAAUCCUUCCAAUUAUAGAAUGGUCACUGAUAUUAGUAGACAUUCUUUAUUUGUUCGCCGCCCCUGUUUACUCCGUCCGUUCUCUCUUCGCCUACAUUCGCUCUUGUCUUCUCUUCAAUUACCAUCUUUCUAUGUUCAUGUAGCAUCUCACUUUUCCCUACCCCCCUGGGAAGUUCCAGCUGUUCGAGUCUGUUCUUUCUCUCUCCCUUGCUCGAAAGCCCAACUGCCUACGGUUGCUUCCCGCUCUUUUUCUUGACCACUUCCACUCUCAUUCUCAUGCCAUUGCAGUGUACACAGAUGGCUCUAAGUCUUCUGACGGCGUAGGAUUCGCAGCAGUGUUUCCGGACAGCGUCGUACGAGGGCAUUUACUAUCUUCGGCUAGUAUUUUUACUGCUGAAUUGUAUGCCAUUCUUGCAGCACUUAUUCGUAUCGCAUCUAUGCCUGUGUCAUCAUUUGUGGUAGUCUCAGACUCCCUUAGUGCUCUACAGGCUAUAAGAAAAUUUGAUACAUCUCGCUCCCUAGUUCUCCGUAUCCAACUUUGGCUACGCCGUAUCUCUACCAAGCAUAAAGAUAUUGUUCUUUGUUGGGUCCCUGGUCAUGUCGACGCACAGGGCAAUGAACAGGCAGACACUGCUGCGCGGUCAGCAGUACAUGACCUACCAAUUUCCUAUAGAGGUGUUCCAUUUUUGGACUAUUUUGCUGCAAUAGCUACCCACCUUCACACCCGUUGGCAACAACGUUGGUCAACUCUGCUUGAUAACAAACUUCAUUCUAUUAAACCGAGCAUAGAUUACUGGCCGUUGUCUUGUCAUCAGUGCUGAGGUUGGGAGACCACUCUCUCCCGCCUUCGCAUUGGCCACACUCGUCUUACUCAUGGGUAUCUCAUGGAGAGGCACCCUGUUCCUCUCUGUGAGCAGUGUCAAGUUCCAGUAUCGAUUAGCCACAUUGUUAGACUGCCCUCUCUAUCAACGAGUACGCAGAAUUUACCUCCGUCGUCUUCGUUCUACUACUCUCUCUUUACCUUCCCUUCUUGCUGCUGGACCCUCUAAUCCUGACUCUCUCAUUGACUUCUUGACAAUGACUGAUUUACUCCACAAACUCUGUUGAUGAUACCUUUUACACUCCCCUCAGCCCUUUCUAGCUCAGUCUCUUACUGCCCUUUACCCUUUCACCAUCCACUGCCCUGCUGUUAUCCGUAACCUAUUACUCAUCCAUCUCCCUUUUGCCACCUGAUGCCCUCGCUUCCUUCCUGCCCUGCAGUGCUGUAUAGCCCUUGUGGCUUAGCACUUCUUUUUGAUUAUAAUAAUACCAAGCAUAAAGAUAUUGUUUUUUGUUGGGUCCCUGGUCAUGUUGACGUACAGGGCAAUGAACAGGCAGACACUGCUGCGCGGUCAGCAGUACAUGACCUACCAGUUUCAUAUAGAGGUAUUCAAUUUUUGGACUUGCUGCAAAAGCUACCCACCUUCACACUCGUUGGCAACAACGUUGGUCUAUGCUUGGUAACAAACUUCAAUCUAUUAAACCGAGUAUAGGUUACUGGCUGUCUUCCUGUCACCAGUGUCGAGGUUGGGAGACUACUCUCUCCUGUCUUCACAUUGGCCAUACUCGUCUUACUCAUGGAUAUCUCGUGGAGAGGCGCCCUGCUCCUCAAUGUGAGAAUUGUCAGACUCCAUUAUCAGUCAGCCACAUUCUGUUGGACUGCCCACUUUAUCAACAAGCACGCAGAAUUUACCUCCAUCGUCGUCUUCGCUCCGCUGCUCUCUGUUUACAUUCCCUUCUCGCUGAUGGACCCACCUUUCAUCUGGACUCUCUCAUUGACUUUUUGACAACUGACUGACUUCACAAACUCUGAUGCCUUCAGCCCUUUCUACCUCAAUCUCUUGCUACCCUCUACCCCCGCACUAUCCCCUGCCCCGCUGUUUUCUGUAACCUACUGAUCAUCCCUCCCUCCCUCCUGCCGCCCAAUACCCUCGCUUCCUUCCCUACCCUGCAGCGCUGUAUAGCCCUUGUGGCUUAGCGCUUCUUUUUGAUUGUAAUAAUAAUCUUUUAACUCCAUUUUGAAUUUUUAUUCCCAGAAAAAUAAAAGAUUUACUGUUAUGCAGACUAUUGCAUUAUUGUAAUUAUUUAUACAAUUAUGUCUUUGCAUUCCUAAAUGUAUUUUGACUGGCCAGUUGGACCCGUAAUGGAUAAGGGACAUCAUUUGUUUACUCUGGAAUAUUGGCAAAAGUCUAACAUUUCCACUAUUUUGAGCUCAACUUCAAGCUAGUGUACUUUGUCCUGACAAAGUAGCCUCUUUGCUGCAUCAAAGGGGGCUCCUUGAUGCGGCAAAGAGGCUCUUGGUCUAAGGAAUUAAACCCUUUGGUCUCCUUCCUCAGACCAAACCUAAGUAUUCCCCAAUCCUCCCUUCCCUAUCUCAUCAUCCCCCUUUUUUCCCCCCACCUUCCCGACCCUCCUUUCCCCAUCCUGUUUGUAGUCUGUGGUCCUCCCCUCUGACAUUAUGGUUUCUAGGCAGGGGGAAAUGUGCUGGGGUUCAUCCCACUCCGUGGGGUCCCUCGGGGGUGGUGUAGUCUGCUAUGGAAUCUGAAUUGUCUCCAAGAAGUGGGUGGGGUGUCCUGCAGAUGGGUGCAUCUCCAGAGGCUGCCUGCCAGUCAGUUCUGGGAGGUGACAGCUGGAGGAGGUAUGCUUUGUGGCGGGUUUCUGACCGCCCUUUUUGUCCGCCGAGGUGGCUUGGUAGAUGUGAAGUUGCUAUCCUGGAGUGCUGGUUUACUGGUGUGAAGGGUAGGGUAUGGCACGGGUUUCACACUGCAUCUGCAUUGCUCAUGGACCCCCUCAGACGAGGGGAAGAACUUACAGCCCGUCUAUGCAUUCUAGUGACUGUCCCUCUUUUUUUUUUUUUUUUU